GAUUACAGGUGCGAGUCACCAUGCCAGGCCUAGAAAAUACAUUUUUAAAUUAAAAAUAUUACUUCUGCAAAAUCUCCAGACCUAAAGGUUUCACCAGUAAAUUUUGCUAAAUAUAUAAGAAAGAAUAAUACCAAUCUUACUAGUCAUGACAUUGGUCAAUACCAGUGAGCAUGACUGAGGAAAAAGGGGCAGGGACACAACAAAUGACAGAAAUAAUACAUGGAAUUCAGUAUAGUCUUCUAAAACAUUACAUAAUGGUAAGACGAUAUGAUAUACAACUUUGUAUCUUACAUUUGAAAAUGUAUAUGAAAAAGACAUGUUCCUAGAAAAAUAAAGCUCAUUAGAACUCACACUUUAUGUUCUUCUUCUCUCUCUGUUUCUCUGUUUUGUUUUCUUUUGUUUUGUCUUCUUUCACUCAGACACAUAGGAGGUCCACGCAGCAUGAGCAGCUGGCUGUUCAGAGACACGUGGAUUUGCUCCCUGGUUAUUCAAAGCUGAUUCAAAGCCAAUUAAAGCUGCUGCUUUGGCUGGGGUCCCAACCUCCAGUGGGAAAAACAUUCUUCUUUCACUGCUGGUGUCACCCACUGUUCCACAGAUCCAAGACAACCCCCAAUGUUUGGUAUAAAUUUAGUGAAACAGCUCUUUCCAUUCUUAACUCAUGCUAAGCAUCUCAGCUUGGGGUCAGGAAAAUGCCAUGGGACUUGAGCUCUUCCCCUAGAGUUAGAGAAUUCUCUGCCUUAGUUGCAAUAAAGGAAAAGAUAUACAUUCUUCCUACAAGCACCAAAGUAGGCUCAAAACUUGUUCCCUAGAGUAGAGUAUUAAAGUUCCUGGCAAAGAUCUUGCCAGCGAUCAAAGCAGUGGCUCGUAUGUUCCCUCGGACUGAAGCUACAGUCUCGUCUUCACUUCCUGUUCCUUCCCUUCGUCCUCCGCGUAGGCACACCUGCUUCUUACAGUUGUGGAUCAUAGCACCUCCUCUCCAGCCUCAGGACCUUUGUAAGUGCUGCGCCUUCUUCCUUGACUGCUGUUCACCUGGGAUCUUCAGGGCACAGUCCUUACCUCCUGCAAGUCUUGAUUUAAAUGUCACUUUCUCAGGGAGGCCCACAUUCAUCACCAUUUCACACCCACCUCCCACAUGACUUUAUUUUACCUCUUCUCUCUUCCCCUCUUCUUUUAGAGUACUUAUGAUCUUAUAUGGUACAUUUUGGGAUUUGGAGUUCUUCUGUAUCCACCACUGCCAUGAUUAAUUAGAAUGUUGGAAAUCAAGGAAACUUGAUUUUUUGGCCUGUGAUGAAAACUAUGGGGUCUAACAGUGUCUGAUAAAGUGGCAGACCUUCAAUUAUUAUUUGCUGAGUAAAUGCAUGAAAGUGUGUAGACAACUAGCUCUAGAAGCUCAAAUGUGUGAUAGCAUGUUUUAUAAUACUGGAAGAGGCCAGGAACGGUGGCUCAGGCCUGUAAUCUCAGCACUUUG